UCCACUGGAGGCUGUUAUUUCCUGCAGCAACGAUGAGUUCAGUUCAGGCUUUGAGAGAGUUUAUCACCGAGCGACUAACAGCUGCUGCUGGAGAAAUCUUCACCGUGUUUCAACAAACCAUCGUUCAAUACGAGGAGGAGAUUGACCGGCAGCGCAGAUUGUUGGAAACCAGCUGGAAACCCAAAAUAAAGCCACUUUUAACAGGCAAGUCACAGCAAGUUGUCUGUGAAGAGGAGAGGGAGGAACCGAAACAUCCACAGAUUAAAGAGGAACAGGAGGAAACAGAACCUCAACAGAUUACCGUCAUUUUGGAGGAUUUCAGCAGCGGUCUGGAUGAGGAGAAGCUUGAACUCAAACAGGAGACCGAUGCAUUACUGGUCCCCCUUACCGAUGGGGACUGUGACCACGUUGACCCAGAAUCAGACAGUGAGCACCUUCUUUCCCACCACUCUGCUGCAGGUGAAAACCAAGACAAAACAAGAUUAAAUCAUCUAAAGUCCACCAGGAAUGCUGAGCUGAAGCUCAUCAAAGACAACAUGAACACCGCUCAUUUGACAGAGAGUCAGCGUGAAACCGGUGCAGGCAAAAAAUGUUUGAAAUGGGACCUUUAUGGGGCAGAUGAGAAUAUCUCGGAAGCAGUGCAGAUUCACAGGAACCACACAUGUGAGAAGCCACAUGCUUGUCAAUUAUGUGGGAAAAGAUUUAGUAAAAAGCGAGAUUUAUUGCAGCACAUGAGAACUCACACAGGUGAGAAGCCAUAUCCUUGCGUAACAUGUGGGAAAAGUUUCACUAAUCAAGGUGUUUUGUAUCGUCACAUGAGAACUCACACAGGCGAGAAGCCGUAUUCUUGUGAAACAUGUGGGAAACGUUUCAGUGAGCACGGCAUACUGCUGCGCCAUAAGAGGACUCACACAGGUGAGAAGCCGUAUGUUUGUGAAACAUGUGGUAAAAGGUUCAGCCAGCAGGGUAACAUGAUGAUCCACACCAGAACGCACACAGGCCAGAAGCCUUAUUCGUGUGAAACAUGUGGGAAAUGCUUCAGUCAACAGGGUACUUUGUUGCGUCAUGUGAAAAUUCACACAGGUGAGAAUCUCCGGCAUCCCUGCAAUAUCUGUGGUAAAAACUACACUGAUCACAAAGCACUAAAAAGACACACGAUGCUCCACUUGGGAAAGAAUUUCCAACCUUGAAGCAACUUGUUUUGACAAAAUCUGAGAACAUUCUCAACCCAAAAUUGGAAAGGUUUGAUGUAAUGCACGUUGAAAUUGUGCUUCAUUGACAGAAGGGAAUCUUCUGGGUUCCCUCAUUGAAAGGAUGAAGUAAAAUGUUUUUUUGUCAAUCUGAGUUGGUCGAACUCACCAUUCAAUACCUGCUGAUUUCCAGAGACACAUACUGUAGAUUCUGCUUUUUUCAAAUGUGAAAAUAUGACAUGAUUCACUGAUUUUAGCUGCAGUUAUUUUUUUAUUCAUUUGUUGAAAAUAAAAUGAUUUAA